AUGCUUUCACCACUUUACAUAUCGGAAAUCAGUCCACCCGAAGUACGCGGCUCGCUCAUUGCGCUUGAACAGUUCUCGAUCGUCCUUGGAGUUGUUGUCGGAUUCUGGAUUGGGUUCUUCACGCGAAAUAUCCCAGGUUCGGCGUCAUGGAGGAUUCCGCUUGGUGUCCAGAUCGGCCCCGGAGUCCUUCUAGCGUUCGGGGCGUUGUUCCUUCUUCCCGCUUCGCCUAGAUUGCUUGUGCUGAAAGGCAAAUACGACGAAGCAGAAGCUAGUCUGGUCAAGCUGCGCGGUCGGCGGUCGCGAUGA